GGAAUUAGGGCUUCUUCUUAGCGGCUAUAAGCUCCAGGAAGAAAGCGGCGGUGGGUUUUGGUACUAUCAUCGGCGGCGAAAAUGGUGGAGAAAGGUAGCAAGGUUAGGAAGGAGGAGGUUGUGACGCGGGAGUAUACAAUCAACCUCCACAAGCGCCUCCAUGGAUGCACCUUCAAGAAGAAGGCUCCCAAAGCAAUCAAGGAAAUCCGGAAGUUUGCCCAGAAGGCAAUGGGAACCACAGAUGUGAGAGUUGAUGUCAAGCUGAACAAGCACAUCUGGAGCCGCGGGAUCCGCAGUGUGCCGAGAAGAAUCCGUGUUCGCAUUGCCCGAAAGAGGAAUGAUGAUGAAGAUGCCAAGGAGGAGCUUUACUCUUUGGUGACCGUUGCGGAGGUCCCCGAGGGAGGGUUGAAGGGGUUGAGCACUCAGGUCAUCGAUGAGGAAGAAUAAAUUAUCGUAUUCUGUUUUAUGCAUUUUGAUUUCAGUUUUGAAGUAAACCUUGAAAGAUUAUUUAGAUCAAUGUUUCCGAGGAUUAUUGUGAGUUUUAUAUACACUUGUUCUGAAUUCAGGUUUAUCUGUUAUUGAUGAAGUUGAAGGUUUUGAUAA